UGGCUCCGUCCGCUGCACCUCUUCAGAGACAAAGGAAGCCCUCCAUCAACACUCAGUCUCUCCACCAGGCCAGCAGAGAAGCAGCACCAUGCCGGACACAAUAAUGUCCAAGGAGCCCAGUUCCAACUUGGAGAGCGCCAUGCAGAUCCUCAUAAAGACCUUCCACAAGUACUCGGGGAAGGAGGGCGACAAGUACACGCUGAGUCGGGGCGAGCUGAAGGAGCUGCUGGUGGAGGAGCUGGGGAGCUACUUAGGGAGCGGCAAAGAUAAUGAAGGAGUCGAGAAGGUGAUGAACGACUUGGACGCCAACAACGACGGGGAGGUGGACUUCACCGAGUUCAUCAUCCUGAUGGGCGCCCUGACCGUCGCCUGCAACGACUUCUUCCUGGAGUACAAAACAGACGAGAAGCCGAAAGCCGAGUCGGCGGAGAAGAAAGAUUGAA